AUGGAAGAAUGUUUCAAAAUUGCAGAUCUCCAUUCCUCGUCGCGCUCCGAAGCACUCGAAAUUCUCACCAAGAUAGCACGUAUUGAGAAGAAAGCCUUCCCAACCAAUGAAGCCUUUGAGUUUGAUAUUAAAUUGUGGAAGAAAUCUAAUACGCGAGUUCUAUAUGCUACUACCCUCAAUACUACUACAGAGAAUAGCAAGGUUAGUGGUAGUGAUGACAAUGUGGUCGUGGCUUACCUUGUAUAUGUACGACAUCGCAAUACCGCACUGUUACAUAAAUUGUGUGUUGUAGAACAAUAUCGUCGCAAAGGCAUUGGUGAGCGCUUAUUGUUACAUACGAUCAAAGAGCGAUUGGUAACCAAUGAGCCGGGUUGCGAAUAUAUUCAGUUAUGGGUUGAUAAGGCGCGGGUAGCUGCGCGAAGUCUGUACACCAAAUGCGGAUUUGAGGGGAAGGAGGAGGUACUUGAUUAUUAUGCUAAAGGGAGAACUGGGAUCCGUAUGGUUCUUGCUCUUCAAGUUUCGUGA